AUGAUCAGCAGCCAGGCACAAUGUUACUAUUCGGAAUGUGUCCAUUGUAUUCAAGGCAAGAGAGUAUGGUGUGGCCUCUCUCAAACAUGUGUUGAAACAGAAACAGAAUGUCACUCUCCGUUCGGAUCAGACCUUAGCAACUCGAUGGAUUUUGCAUUUUCAAACGUGACAUGGAUGAUCCAAACAAGUAAUUUAUAUAACAUCACUGAGAGUGGAACAAGCGACAUGAUCAAGAGAUUAUUCACCAAUAAGAACAAUAGAGCGUAUAAUAUUUCCAAUAUUCGACCUUUGUAUCAACUACCAUCUCAUUGCUACACUGGAAUCAUCACACAGACUUCUCAAUGCUCCAAAUUUAAACUGGAAAUGGAUAGAGAUUAUUCUCCAAAUGUCAGAAAUUACAUCUACCCCAUGUGGUAUCAACCACGUCUUAAAUUCAACAAUGAAAGUAAUUUAUUCUAUUCCAUUGAAAAGUUAGCAGAUACAAUUCAAGUGGGAUUCUUUUUUGCUCCUAUAUUUCCCAUCCCUUCUCGAAACGAUUCUUUUCUAAAAAGUUCGUUCAAUGGAGAAUAUCUCAAUCAUUUAUGGACUUUGCUAUCAAACUAUAACACAACCCAAAAACUUUCACAACUUUCAUAUUUAUCAGGAUAUCAACACUCGUAUGGGUCUUAUUUAUUUUCAUAUUUACAUCACGUGUUCAAUGUCAAGAACUUUAGAACGUAUUUCAACUCGAACCACUCAGACAACAUUCUUCAAUUUUAUGAUCUUUCAAUCGCAGGAAAACCAGAUCGGUAUUAUCGAUUAGGAUUUGCGUUUGCUUCUCCAAAACAUGAUUUAAAUGAAGAGUCUUUUGUUUAUGCCGAAAGCAAUGGAAAACUUAAUUCUGAGGUACUUGGAUCUCAAUUUCAAUGUACAUUUGUACUGGCUAAUCAAAUUAUAUAUCCUGAACCAACAUGGAAGUUUUCAGUCACUGGACCUCACAUGUACUUGUCGUUGGGGCUUUUAGUCAUCAUCACUCUGUGGGUGAUGUUAAUCAUUUGUGGAAACUCGAGACUUGUGGAGGUUGAUGGAAAAGAGAAUAAGCCACGAAUAUUUGAUAGGACUCCUACCACUCCAAAAUCGAAUUCAUUGAUCCACAAGCGAUUAGCUUUUGCGUAUGAUAUACUUAAAAACUAUUUUUUGACAAAUGAUAAUGACUUGUCAAAGGAAGUUGGAUCUGAACCUUAUUAUUAUUUUUGGUUUUAUAGAUAUAUAUUCAUCUUUCUUGGAAUUUGUGGAUUUUUAAACAUUGUAACAUUAAUUCCAAUAUUUGCAACAACGAAAACAGAUUUAUCAUUUAUUGAUUUUUCACAGUUCACGGCAGCAUCUUUAACCAUAGACAGAAGUAAUCAUCAUGUGUUUUUCCUUUUUAUUAUUGCUAUUAAUUUUUUGGUUGGAUUGCUUUCAUUACUAUUAGUGACCGCCUUGAAAUAUGAAUCGAGGAUGUACAUGAUUGAUGAGAAAAUUAAUAGUGAAAAAUUAACAGCUACUACCAUUAGACACUUUGGUAGCCUUUAUACAAUCUUGGUGAAGAAUAUACCCAAAGAAAUAUUGUCUAAUGAGGCCUUUGGAGACAUGUUCAAUGAAGUGAUAUUGAAUGGAAAGAUGCUCUCUUCUUUGUCUCCAUCCAAAGAGGCCAUUUUGGAAGAAAAAACGAAAUUGGAAGAACAACUCGCUUUUAUUAAGCAACAAUUCUAUUUGAACGAAGAAAAAACACAAGAAAAUCGAUCAGCAGAAAACCAAUCCGAUUGGCAAAUCAGAGGUACUGGCUAUGGAUUCGUUACAUUUUUCUCGCUCGAUCAUGCUCAAUCUGUACUCAAUGAAUUCAAGGCAAAGCAAUCCUUUUGGGCUCGAUUCUUGACGUUUCUUGUUCCUUUUUAUUCUCCAUCUGGAUUGCAACUAAGACGAGCUCCUAACCCUGAUGAUGUCAUUUUUUCGAAUUUUGUGAUUGGAACCAGAGGACGUGCCCUUAGAAUGCUCACAUCCAGUGUGGGACUUCUUUUUGCAAUCAUUGCAGUGUUCACAAUUUUAGGAAUAGGAAGUGUCAUUCAAUGGCUGAAACAUGAAUUUGUGGCUACCAUUGAUGUCGCUAGUAGUGUGAAAGAUACAUCCGUGUCAGAUCUCUUUCGAUUUUUAGUGGACUUGUUAAUGGAGAUUCCAGGUUUAUUUGUAGAAUUAUUGAAAAUGAUGGUUGUUGCUCUUUCCACCUUUGUCAGAUACUAUUCCAAAACUCAUCAAAGUAUUUUUAUUGUUGGGAAGGUCAUGUUCUUUAUUAUUGCCUCAUUGAUAGUAUUUCCUGUUUUUACAAAAUAUGUAUUUACGAAUAUUAUCAUUAUAUUUAGUGAUUACACAUCCCUUUACCCUCAAUUUGACAAUCUAUCCAUGUAUGGUAAUUUAUUUGGAACUGAUACCAUUUCCUUGCUCUUAAUUCUUUCUUUCAUCACCAAAAGUAUGGAGUAUGGAAUUCUUUUCAUUGGCUCACUUGCAACUCUAGUAUUUACGGGUAAAAUAGUACGACCACCGUUUGAUUAUGAAUCUAGUUAUGGUUUCAAAUCUGCCAUUCUCAUUAUUAUUGUUCUAUAUGGUGGAAUGAAUCCAAUGAUUUACAUGGUUGGACUCUUCUUCUUUCUGCUUUCAUACUUUUUGGAGAGAUUCUUCAUCAUGUUUUUAUAUCAACGAGGACGACAAUCCAAUGGAGAUUUAUUAUCACACGUCGCUAGUAAUCUUGCCAAUUACUUUUCCUUAUUACCAUUGACAUUUGUAGUUUUCUUUCCAUUUGUGAUCAAAUACUACUCGGAUUAUUCUUCUGAAAACUUAUCAUUACCACCCUAUUUAUUAUUAUCUCUUGUUGUGUGCUCGUCUGUGAUUUUACUGAUCAUUUCAAGAUUCAUGAUGAAAUAUUUUCAGUUCAAAGCCUCAACUGUCUAUUUAAAGAAAUUUGAGGAAACAAGAGAGACUGGAGUGUUCGAACAACAGGCAGAAAAAGUACUGAGUGUUGAACUCAACUCUUUGGAAUAUCAAAUUUCGAAACACUCAGUUACCUUCGACAAGAUGAAGAGUUUUUUCAACAACAACAAGAUCAAAAAGAAUCAAAUUGAACCAAUGCAGAACUCUAAAGCUAAAGAAGUAAUUUCUGAAAUUCUAAAUUAUGGAAAGAUUGAAACCUUGGAAAAUGAUGAUAUUGUCAACCAUGUACACAAAACCCACCUAUUGGAUUUAUAUCGACAUCCCUAUUUCAUAUGGGAGGCCAAACGUCUGAAAAAGAAAAUGGCCAAUGCAGCUCGAGCAGUUUUUCUCAUCCAAAACAACCACUCAGCGAACGCCAAGCAAUAA